AAGGAGGAUGGAGUGGUUGAUGGUGUCAAAGGCUGCACUGAGGUCGAGUAGUGUCAGGAUGUUGAGGGAGUGGUCAUCAGAGGACAGGAGGAGGUUGCUGGUGACUUUGAUCAGGGCGGUUUCUGUGCUGUGAUCUGACUCACCGAGUCAUCAAUAUUGAGAUACCUGCAGAGUGUGGCUAUGACUCAGCAACGCUCAACAACAUGGUUGACUGGUUAUCUAACACAGGAGCUUUAUCAAGCCACAUAUUUUGGAUAUUUGUAAAACUUGAAUGAUUCAUAAGCAACAGGGUUGCUCAUCUCAUUGGUACUGAACAUUGUUUACAGGUUUGUGAAAUAUCCAGAUUAACCAGGGAAUUGUUUCUGUAAAGCACAGCGCAUUGAGUUACGGUAUUCAUUUACUUAAAAAUAAUUUUGUUUUCUUAAACCGACAGGCAUCAACUUCAGCUACUAAAGUGGAACUUUCCGAGCUCAAAAUGGCGAAAUCAGCAGCUGCACCUGAACUCAGGAUUGCACUUAUUGGAAAAAAACAGAAUGAAAAGACAAAACUAACCAACUUCAUCACUGGAAAAACAGAUCGUUCCCAUCCAACAAAGUCCACGCAAGUUGCACAUUUCAACAGCGAGUGGAGGAAAAAACCCCUGACAGUAGUGAAGAUGGCAGACGUCUUCAGUCUGCCGGUGAAUCAAAUGAGACACAAGAUGAAGAUGUGUGUCGCUGAAUGCCCUCCUGGACCAAAUGCUCUGCUGCUGUUAGUGAAGCCCUCUGACUUCACUGAGCAGGACCGACUAAAACUCAAGUUCAUCAUGAACUUCUUUGGACAAGAUGCUUUUAAAUACGCAAUGGUCAUCAUAACAGAACAUGAUAAGAUAUGGAAUUCCUCACUUAAUCAACUCCUCGAAGACUGCGAACAAAGGCAGCAUAGAAUGAUCUUUGAGGGAAAUGGUUUUCCUCAUUGUGAUCGUCAAGAAUUGAUGGAGGACAUUGAGGACAUAGUGGAUGAAAACAGGGGACGAUAUUUAACCUUUGAUCAAGAAAGUGAUACCAUUGUUACACCUGUUUGUGAGAAACCCCCUCUAAACCUGGUGUUGUGUGGGAGACAUGGAGCCUGGAAGACUUCAAUGGCUGAAGCCAUUCUGGGACAAAGAAAGUUCGGUCAAUCUGUUGACUCAUCAGAGUGUGUUAAACAUCAGGGAGACGUGUGUGGACGUUGGGUUUCUGUGGUGGAGCUGCCUGCCUUGUAUGGAAAACCUCAGGAGGCAGUGAUGAAGGAAUCACUCAGGUGUAUCUCCCUCUUUGAUCUUGAGGGCAUCCAUGUCUUCUUCCUGGUCCUACCUGUGGGUGCCCAAAGUGAGGAAGACAAGAAAGAGUUGGAGACCAUCCAGAAGACUUUUGGCUCUAGAGUCAAUGAUUUCAGCAUGGUUCUUUUUACUGUGGAGGCCAAUCCCAACUCUCUAAAAGUAGAGAGGUCUCUACAGGAAAACAGAGACAUCCAAGAGCUCCUCCAGAGCUGUGGUGGACAAUAUCUUGUCUGCGACAUCAAGGACAAGCGGCAGGUCUCUGAAGUUUUACGUAGAGUAGAAAACAAGGGAGUUGUGGGAUGCAGAGGAUUCACCAAAGAAAUGUUUCCCGAGCUUCCAAAGAAUCGGGUUAGAAGACAUGUAACAAAUGCAGAUAGUUAUCAGAGUGGAGAGUUUCAAAGGAUGGCGCCGAAUACAAUGUCUCUCAGAAAAUCAGAAGGACACUCUGUCAGGACGGGGCCGAGAAUAAUGUUUCCUAGGAAGAAGCGUCUCUCAGUGUCUCUCAGGAUUGAGCCGAUUAGAGAGACUUCCAGAAUGGAGCAGAGUAGAGAGACUUCGAGGAUCGAGUCGAGUAGAGAGUGUCUCAGGAUGGUACUGAUUGGGAAGACUGGUUGUGGAAAGAGUGCUACUGGAAACACCAUUUUGGACACAGAUUGCUUUCAUUCUCAAGUUUCUCAAAUAUCGGUGACCAAGCUUUGCCAGAAAGUAACCGGGGAGAUUGAUGGGCGUCCUGUCGCUGUGGUCGACACCCCCGGCUUGUUUGACACCACUCUGAGUAACGACAACAUUAAACAGGAGCUUGUGAAAUGCGUCACCCUGUUGUCUCCUGGACCUCAUGUGUUCUUACUGGUGCUGCAGAUCGGUCGCUUCACACAAGAGGAGAAAGACACUGUGGAACUGAUCAAGGAGUUUUUUGGCAAGGAGUCAGAAGACUUCAUCAUUGUUUUAUUCACCAGAGGAGAUGAUCUUGACAACACAACAAUUGAGAGUUUCAUAGGAAAUGAUCCUGAGGACCCCUUAAAGAAACUGACAACUGAAUGCGGAGGAAGAUACCACGUCUUCAACAACAACGAUAAAGAGAAUCGUUCCCAAGUCAGCCAGCUUCUGACCAAGGUUGAGUCAAUGAUAAGGAGAAACGGAGGUCGCCACUUCAGCUCAGAUAUGUUCCAAGGAGCUGAGGAAGUCAGACUAAAGGAGAUAGAGAAGCAGCUGAGGGUCCUCGAAAGAAAACAUCAAGAAGAAGUGACGAGGAUAACUUUAAGGCUUGAAGAAGAAAGAGAAGAGAGAUCCAAAGAACAGGAGGAACACCAAAAAAAGAUGGAGGAUAUGGAGAGGGAGAGAGAAAGAGGAAAGAGAGAAGAGGAAAGGAACAGGAAGCAGCAGGAGGAAGUCCAACUACACCAGUGGGAAGAGAAACUUAAAACUCUGGAGGAAAAACUACAAUACGUAUCAGAAAUAAAUGCUCGUGCUGACUGGGCGUCAAUACUACAGGCUAGAGAAGAAAUGAGAAAAGGACGAGAGAGUUGGGAGCAGGAAAGAAAGGAAUGGUGGACGAAACGAUAUCAAGAAGAACAACAGAGACAGGAGGAGAAAAGAAAAGAAGAAGAUGAAAUCAGAAGAGAAGAUGAGGAAAGAGAAUGUAAAGAGUCACAAGAACUCUAUGACAUGAACAUGGAGCAAAUCAGGAUGGAAAAUGAAGUGGCCAGAAUGCAAGCUGAAGAAUUCAAUGAAUACAGUGAAAGUUACAUAAUGGAUGUUUUAGCUGAGAUGGAAAAGCGUGAAAAGGAAAUGGAGGAUCUGAAGGAGAGGCAACAAAACCAAAAUGAGUUGAUAAUAAAACAGCUUGGCAGAAACAAAGUCUACCAGAAAGACAUCAAGAUAUUGAAGAAAAAACAGAAAGAAGAAAUGAAGGAGCUGAAGACGCAACUCUUUCUCAACAACACAGAUCAUCUGAUCAAAGAAAUUAAUGAUCUAGAGAAGAAACAUGAGGCUGAAAUAAAUGUCUGGAUAGAAACACACAUGAACAAAGCCACACGAGACAAGGCGUGUUCCAUUUUAUGAGAGUUUUCUCUAACAGCAGCACAGUUUCAGCUGCAAAUCUGUGACUUUUUGGUUCGAGUGAGAUUUAAUUUGUUCUUGGUAUUGAACUGAUGUGUACUGAUGGUCUACAUCAUGUUCUUCAGAUACCUGUACUUCAUUUAACCAAUGUCUGACAUGAAAAAACAAUCACACAACAAAUGUAUAGUUGUAAGUACAAAUGUCUGAGAACAGUUAACACAUCUAUGGUCAGUGCACAGAAUGUCUGACUUUAGGUACUUUGACUGUAAAAGCUUAUUACCUUUAACUUUAUGCGUGUUUAUGUAAAGUUCAGUGCAUCAGUGAUGACACUAGACAACUCUUAUCAGAUGCAUGUUAUAAUGUGAACUAGAAGGACUUUGUUUUUAGUCAGAUAAAACUUUUAAACUGAUAGUUAACUAUUUUACUUUUAAGGCACAGGCACAGUAAAUGAAGGCAUAAAAGACAUAAUUAAGUUGUUUUUUUUACAAGGAAUGUCUAUUUUUUCCUUAUGUUUUCAUUGCAGUCAUAAAAUGUAACCAUGUAAACAUCCAUGCUCACACUGUAAAUAUGUUUUUUCUUAUUCUUUUGUUCAGUUGUCUUUAUAAUUACUAGGGUCAAUACUCAAUUUGUCAUCAUAUUUUAGGAAAGUUAAGAUGCCGUUAAUUAGCCAUUAAGAAUGUUUCUCCUCUGCACAAUCUGCAAGUUUACUCUCUUGUUUCUAGUAAGCACACUCCACAAUUUAAAGAAUGUAGGAGGUAUGUAUGUAUGAAAAACCACAAGCUUGUUCUUUCGUGUGAACUUCCUGCUGUGGACAAGUUUGACCAGUUUCCCUGUUUACAGCCAACGCUGUGCAGCACGAACGACUUUGCUUUGUUGGAGCACUUUUUGUCCCGUGAUUGUACUUUUCUAUAUUAUAUUGUACUUUUUAUUAAAGAUAAAUCUGUGACAACAGAUUUCUAUCUUUUUAUGUGUGUUUGUGUUUCUAUUGUU